AUGGCCGGCAAAUAUACACUGCCACCUCUUCCAUAUCCUUAUGAUGAAAAGGCUCUUGAACCCGUCAUCUCCAAGGAAAUAAUGCAGAUCCACCACGACAAGCACCAUCAGGCCUAUGUGAACAAUUUGAAUGCUGCACUUGAAAGCCAAUCAACUGCCCUGGUGAACAGCGACCUCCGCAAACUAGUUACCUUGCAACAGAAGAUCAAGUUCAAUGGCGGUGGUCACAUCAACCACUCUCUAUUUUGGAAGAUCCUGGCGCCCUAUGGCUCGAAGCAGACCAAUAUUGACUCAGCCGCUCCAAUCCUCAAAAAAGCGAUCGAGUCACAGUGGGGCAGCUUCCAAAACUUCAAGGACGAAUUCAUCUCUGUUUUGACGGACCUCCAGGGAAGUGGUUGGGGAUGGCUAGCAAGCAAGCCUAUUGAGGGUAGACUGGAGGUCAUCAGCACAAAGGAUCAGGACCCCGUUACAGAUGCGGUCCCAAUAUUUGGUGUGGACAUGUGGGAACAUGCAUACUAUCUUCAGUACAAAAAUGACAAAGCUUCGUAUGCCUCGAACAUCUGGAAGGUGAUCAACUGGCAAGAGGCUGAGUACCGCUUCAGGAAUGGCGUGGAGGGCAUGAAGUUCUAG